AUGUUUAAUAAUAUUAAGAGAAACUUAACAAUCUUUAACAGAGACAUCGUUGAAUCAUCUUGGCUGAAAAGCUUGAUUGACGAUGUACCUAAGGCAAAACACAUUCAAAUACUUCAGAACUGUCUAUAAGGGGAAUAUAUUAAUGUUGACCCAAAAAUUGCACUUCGAAAGAUUUCACUAAGAUUGCAACACUCUCAAAAACCUUUAAAUGCUCUCAAAUCCCUAUAUUUGGCACAUGUUCUAAAUAAGUUUCUGAUACCUUAAUUGACAGAUAAAAUUAUUGACCAAUAGUGCAAAGAUCCAGCAGAUCUCUUAAUGGCUUCUGUUGCUCAUUUAUAUUAUUCUUAUCUCAAGUCACAAAAAAAUGUUUUUGAAAAGAUCGACAGCAUUUUUAAGAUGAAUAGAUAACUCGAAGUCUUACUGCUAAAGACCAAUAUACCAAUAAUAAAGGAAAUACUCUAUCUACUUAUGAUUGAUAUAAUAGCUUUAUUUCAUUCAAUUGAUUAGUAAGAUGAUCAAGAAAAAAGGAUUAGAGCUAUGAAAUAAGUGAGAAGAUUUAUUGAUUUAAAAGGAUAUUUAUAAAUGAAUUAAGAGUUACAAAAUAAACUGAACACACUUAACUUCCAAGAAAUCAAGUAAUAGCAAUAAAUUGAAUGGAAAAUUUGUAAAACUAAUCCAAACAAUUAAGAAAUUCAAACUCAACAUUUUGAAUUGAAUAAAAAGCAACUCUCAAUACAAAUAAAUGAAAGUACAAAUUUUGAAAAUUACUAAACUUGCCAAGAACAUCCAUAAGAUAGAAGAAUGAGUUUACAAACUAGAACUAUAUCAAACCAAAGAGGAAUUGUUUAAUCUAAUACAACCACUUCCUCAUCUAUUAGAAAUAACUUCUUUAUCCCUAAAUAAGGACCAUUAUCUUUUUUGAUUCCAAGUUGA